CAGCAGAUCCAGGGGCUCAGAGGAAACUCAGUCGGAGGUUCGUAUCGGAGACACACAGACAGAAUGCAGCAGGGUGCCAUACUUGUGGUCCUUUUGGUCCUGGUGAACUCCCUCCAUGGCGUGCCAGUGCUUGUCGAACCGCUCUUCCCCACACAGGAGAACUUUGACCUGAGCAAGUUCAUGGGGAAGUGGCAUGAUAUUGCGGUAGCUUCCACCUGUCCCUGGAUGCAGCGCCACAGAGGAGACUCAGCUAUCGGCAUACUGGAGCUGCAGGCCGGGGACACUGAAGGCAAAGUCAGCAUGAAACGCAGCAUGAAAAAGCACGGGACAUGUAAGCAGAUCUCCGGUGAUUAUGAGCUAACAGACACACCUGGAAGAUUCACCUACCACGUUGCCAAGUGGGGGGCUGAUGUUGAUGCCUAUGUCGUUCACACUAACUAUGAUGAGUAUGCCAUCGUCAUGAUGAGUAAACAGAAGACAGGUGGCGAGAAGACCAAGUCUGCCAAGCUAUACAGCCGCACCAUGGAACUGCGGACCACUAUCUUGGACGACUUCAGGAGGCUGGUGAGGGAGCAGGGCAUGGCUGACGACACAGUCAUCAUCAAACAGAACAAAGGCGAGUGUGUACCAGGAGCAGAGCCUGUAGCAGCAGAGUCUCCAUCUGAGAUUACGGCACCGAGAGCUAAGAGGAACAUAGUCCUCCCUGAUCCUGCCCCUGUGGAGGGCUCCGGUAUGGGUGAUGACACCAUGAUCUUCCGGAGUGCAGAGUCCUGUAAGGCGGAGCCAGACGCAGGUCCCUGUUUCGGGAUGGUGCAGCGCUACUUCUACAACUCCACCAGUAUGGGCUGUCAGCUGUUCACCUACGGAGGCUGUAUGGGCAACCAGAACAACUUUGUAACUGAGAGGGAGUGUCUGCAGAGUUGCCGCACUGAGGCUGCCUGCAGAAUGCCCAUGGAUGCUCAACCCUGCACUGGGCAGCCCAAGAUCUGGGCCUUCGAUCCCAACUCUGGACUCUGUCUGGAAUAUAAAAAGGACUACUGCCAGGGCAACAGUAACAAGUUCUACUCCAAGGGGGAGUGUGACGAGUACUGUGGGGUGAUGAAGGAUGGAGAAACUCAGUUCCUGAAAGCUAACUGAAGAUGAUUAGAGGUCAUAAGGAAGAACACAUGAACACACAGCACAGAUCACCGUCUGGGUUAGUCGUCUGACAGAAUACCUAUAUCAUUCAAUACAGAAUACAACACAAUAAAAUGAUGGAUUAAGCUGCUUGGA